GAACAAUGGACGGCAAAAGCGACACUAGCGAGUGUUUGGACAACUACACAAAACACGGUCACAAAAAUGAAAAUAAUUCAAAACACAGCCAUAAUAAGCAUAACAACAUGAAAUACAAUAAUAAUAGCGACAAUAACAAUGACGCACACACCAUCGACUUGAACCAACACACAAACGAUCACAAUAACAAUGAUAACAACGGUGAAUGUUGCUCCCAGAGGCAGUGUCGGAGCAGAGGCGGACUUUUCAGAGCAACGCGCGGGAUUUCAGAGUCCGAAACGGCGGCUGAGUAUCCACGAAAUCUGGGAUUCAAUUCUGGAAAAACUGUGCCCAUGGAAGAUGGUUCUCAAAGUUCAGAUUUUCAGGAACAUGUACGAAUGGAAAAUAAGUUUCGGUGCUCUGAUUCUGAGGAAAAUAUGCAAACACGUAAAAAAAUUCACGCGCAGGCAUCGUUGUACCAUCAGCAGCCUUACGACGCCAGCGGUGAAGCCCUAGGGCGGUUUUUGGACACCGCGAACCAAAAUUUUGAUACCAGCGC